UACUCGACAACUUGCCUCAAGAUGCGGUCUAUCAUCAACUUGUUGUACCUGGCACUGCUCGCCACGGUCGUCUCGGCGGCGCCGGCCAACAACCAGAAGCGAUCCAUCCAGAAGCGGUCGUUCAAGGUCGAUCGGGUACGGAAUUUGAACUUCAAGGGACACAAUGGCCCUAGGGAGUUGAUGAAGGCCUAUGCCAAGUACAGCAUGCCGGUGCCUCAGGGGCUCCUCGACGCCAUCGCAGCUCAGGGCAAGCCGGAGUUCAAGUCGCAGUCUGUUGGCGAGUCAAAGAUCAGUGCACAGGACCCCGCAACCAACAGCUCCAAGGCUGCCGGAGUUGGCUUGGUCACGGCCACUCCCGAGGCCGGUGAUGUCGAGUACCUGUCUCCCGUCACCAUCGGUGGACAGACGUUGAACCUGGACUUCGACACUGGGUCUUCCGAUCUCUGGAUCUUCAGCACCAUGCUUCCCCAAAACGUCCAGGCUGGCCACACCAACUUCGACCCGGCCAAGUCGACCACCUUCAAGCAGGCGCAGGGACUUUCCUUCAAGAUUCGCUACGGUGAUGGAUCCGGUGCGUCUGGUGUCAUCGGCACCGAGACUGUCGACAUUGGCGGCGUCACCGUCACUGGCCAGGCGGUCGAGAUGGCCACGCAGGUUUCGGGAUCUUUCGUCAAGGACACGGCCAACAACGGACUCGUCGGCCUCGCCUACUCCAAGCUCAACACCGUCAGCCCGGUUCCUCAGCAGACCUUCUUCGACAACGUCAUGCCUAGCCUGGCCGAGCCUCUGUUCACUGCCGAUCUGCGCAAGGGUGCCGUGGGCGCGUACGAGUUUGGCCGCAUCGACAACAGCAAGUUCACCGGCGAGAUGAAGUUCAUCCCCGUCAACACCACCCGCGGUUUCUGGCAGUUCUCCAGCGAGAAGUUCCAGGUUGGCAACGGACAGGUCAAGCAGGGCACCAAAGGCGGCCAGGCCAUUGCCGACACCGGCACCACCCUGAUCCUCGCCAACCCUACCACCGUCCAAGGUUACUACAGCCAGGUUCCCGGCGCCGUCAACGACCAGCAGGUCGGUGGUAUCACCAUCCCUUGCGAUGCUAAGCUGCCCGACUUGAUGCUUGACGUCGGUGGCGUCAUGGCCAAGGUCAAGGGCUCUGACAUUGUCUUUGCUCAGGUCCAGGGUAACACUUGCUUCGGUGGCAUGCAACCCACAACUUCAAGUCUGCAAAUCUAUGGUGACAUUUUCUUCAAGUCGCAGUUUGUUGUCUUCAAUGGCGGCAACAACACCCUGGGUAUCGCCGACCACGCCGUCUAAAAAAAAAG